GUUUACAGAUGCCCUCUCCAGAGUACAUAGUUGAUGUAGAGUCUAUGGACAUUUUCCCUGUUGGCUGGUGUGAAGCGAAUGCAUAUAACCUGACUCCACCACACAAAGCUGUGUUGCGAAGGAAGAGGAGAAUUGCAGUUGUGCAGCCAGAAAAGCAGUUACCAUCCACAGUGCCUGUUGAGAAAAUACCUCAUGACCUCUGCCCAGUUCCUCAGCCAGACACAACAGGCACCAUCAAUGGGAGAUACUGCUGCCCCCAGCUCUUCAUCAACCACCGCUGCUUUUCAGGUCCAUAUUUAAACAAAGGCAGAAUAGCAGAGCUACCUCAGUCUGUCGGGCCUGGCAAGUGUGUGCUGGUCCUCAAAGAGGUUCUCAGCAUGGUGAUCAAUGCAGCUUACAAGCCAGGGAGUGUUUUACGAGAACUGCAGCUAGUGGAAGACCCUCAGUGGAAUUUCCAAGAGGAAACACUUAAAGCAAAAUACAGAGGGAAGACCUACAGGGCGACUGUUAAGAUCGUGCGGACGUCGGAUCAGGUGGCAGAUUUCUGCAGAAGAGUCUGUGCCAAGUUGGAGUGCUGCCCCAACUUGUUCAGUCCAGUUCUGGUGGCUGAAGUCUGCCCAGAGAACUGCUCCAUUCACACUAAAACCAAGUACACUUAUUAUUAUGGGAAGAGGAAAAAAAUCAUUAAACCACCAAUUGGGGAAAAUAACAACAUGAAAAGUGGACAUGUCAAGCCAGCCAGACGCAGAAAAAGGCGGAAAUCCAUCUUUGUGCAGAAGAAGAGGAGGUCAUCAGCUGUCGAUGUGAAUGCUGCAGGCUCUGCGGAGGAGAGCGAAGAUGAGGAGCCGGACGCGAUGGAGGAUGAGACGGGAAGUGAGGAAACCAGUUCAGAGCUCCGGGAUGACCAGACAGACACCUCCUCUGCUGAGGUCCCCUCCACCAGGCCCCGGCGAGCUGUCACCUUGAGGAGCAGCACCGAGUUGGACAGACCUGCUCCCACCGAGAGGACCCGGCGGAGCCGGAGGCCACAGCCCCUCUCCUACAGCGAGGAGAAGGCCACGCAAGCCAAGGAGGAAAUUAAGCAAGAAGAGGAGGAGAAGCUCGUUCUGGACAGUAACCCAUUGGAGUGGACUGUGACUGAUGUUGUGAGGUUUAUUAAACUGACCGACUGUGCACCUCUUGCCAAAAUAUUUCAGGAGCAGGACAUCGAUGGCCAAGCCCUUCUGUUGCUGACACUGAAACUUGGUCCUGCCAUCAAACUGUGCCACCAGAUCGAGCGAGUAAAAGUUGCUUUCUAUGCACAAUAUGCCAACUGA